UGGGGCCCCCACAGAGCGGUCGGAGCUCAGCUCAGCUCAGCUCGGCCCGGCCCGGCGCUCCGGCCGCGCGCACCAUGGCCCCGGCUGUGGACCGCGAGGGCUACUGGGGGCCCACGACCUCCACGCUGGACUGGUGCGAGGAGAACUACGCGGUGACCCCUUAUAUCGCCGAGUUCUGGAAUACACUGAGUAACUUGCUUAUUAUCAUACCUCCAAUUUUUGGUGCAAUUCAGGCUAUUAAAGAUAAACUUGAGAAGCGGUACAUUGCUUCAUAUAUAGCAUUCACAGUGGUAGGUCUUGGAUCCUGGUGCUUCCACAUGACUCUGAAAUACGAAAUGCAGUUGUUGGAUGAACUCCCAAUGAUCUAUAGCUGUUGUAUAUUUGUAUACUGCAUGUUUGAAUGUUUCAAGACCAAGAACACAGUAAACUACCAUCUGCUUUUUAUCUUAGUUCUGUUCAGUUUGAUAGUAACCGUGGUUUACCUUAAGGUAAAGGAGCCUAUAUUUCAUCAGAUCAUGUAUGGAAUGUUGAUCUUCACACUAGUUCUUCGAUCAGUUUAUAUUAUUACAUGGGUUUAUCCUUGGCUUAGAGGACUAGGUUAUACAUCCUUGGGUCUAUUCUUAUUGGGAUUUUUAUUAUGGAACAUAGAUAACAUCUUCUGUGAUUCGCUGAGGAGUCUCAGAAAAAAGCUCCCACCCAUCGUGGGUGCCACCACCCAGUUUCAUGCAUGGUGGCAUAUUUUAACUGGCCUUGGCUCUUACCUUCAUGUUCUUUUCAGUUUAUAUACAAGAACACUUUACCUGAGGUGCAGACCCAAAGUAAAAUUUGUCUUUGGAAUCUGGCCUGUGAUCCUGUUUGAGCCUCUGAAGAAGCACUGAUAAGUUAUUCCACCAAGAAAACAAUAGCACCUACCAUGCUCCUGGACAAGUGAAUAAAGGAAAUCCUCAAAGACCUACUCAGUCAAGUAAAUCAUGAUCAUCCCAACAAAGGAGUCAGCUAUUCUGUCCAACACUGCAGCCACACAGAGAAUGAGAAAUGGGUCUUGUUGGGUGUUUAUUUCAUUUGUCCUUUUCAAACUUCCACUCUUACUAAGAUGUUUUAAAGGAAAGAGACUUAAUGCAUAUGUUUAUGUAUGUACUUGAAUGCUGGAGGGGGAAAUGGACUUUUCUUAACAAGUUAACAGUUUAUACUGUUCUAGGAAAUCAACCUUUUUAUCAUUUUUGAACAAGAGCUGCUUAUUGUGAAUUAUACCUUUCUUAAUAUCAUUAAUAAUGAAAAGUCAGCUGAAAGGGACUUAAGAGAUAAUACAGGGGCAAGGUGCUUGCCUUGCACACAGCUGGCCUGGAUUCAAUCCUUGGCACCAUCUAUGGCUUCUGGAGCCCCAACAAGAGUGAUCCCUAAGUGCAGAGCCAGGAAUAAGCCCUGAAUACUGCUGGGUACAGCACAAAAACAAAAGCAAAACAGCAGAAGUCAGCUGAGAACUUGCAAAACCCCAUAUCCAGAUGGCCAGCCUGAGUUGACACUUAGUAUCAUCCUCGUUGGCUUAAUAUUUGUCUCAUUAACCUCAUGGAUGGUUUUUCAAGGAAAAAGUUAGUUUCUGGUAACUCUCAGUAUCUGCCUCUCUGCUCCUUGGAGUGUUAUUAGCAAGCUCAGGCCUGCCCCCGGUCUGCACUUGUCUCACAGAAAGUUUUGCCUUGUCUUUGCCAUGUGUUCUAUGGAGCUUGUGUGUGGCAAAGCCAAUUAGUGCAGGUGAAUCAUCUGGUAUACCCUUUUUGACAGCCACAAGGCCUCUUUGUGCCACCUCUCACCAAAGAUGGUCAUUCUGUUUCCUUUGAUCUUCUGAGAUCUUUAAAUUGUCUGGUUUUCUGGCUGGCAAGCAUGACUGAUGAUAUAUUUGAAGUUUUCAGUGAAUAUCCUUAUAUUCUGACUUUUUUUGUUGGUGGUGAUUGUUUGGGGGCUACACUUGGCUAUGUUCAGGGGUUACUUCUGGUUCUGUUCUCAGGAGUCACUUCUGGCGAUGUUCGGAGGACCAUAGGAAUGCCAGGGAUUAAACCUGGGUUAGUUGCAAGGCAAACACCCUCCUCAGUGUACUAUCAUUCCAGCCCCAUUCUCAGACUUCUUAAAGAAUGCUAUCUUUUCCAGUCUUUAGAGACACCAUGGAUGAUUCUAUCCAUGUAAAUAAAUGCAUUGGGUUAGUUAGAGCUGAGAUGAUCAGGAUUCUAUUUAUGUAAAGCUUGUUAGAAUAGCUGUUCCUUCACUUUUUGAGGAAGGAAAUAGCUCUGACUUACUUGAGAUUAUAACAGAACUCCUAAAAUUAAAGCACUAAGAAAUGACAAUGAAGUCUUAUUGUGAAACAGCUUAGCUCUACUUUGGUUUCGAAUGUAUAACAUUAUCACUUUUCACAAACAGAUUACCCUCUGUAAUAAAAAUUCUAAUUU